CCCCACUCUUUCUUUCAAACCUGCUUUCCUAUUUAUUGGAGAAAUCCCCCAGGAUCUCUCCUCACGCCAGAGUGUGCUUAAUCCCAGGGAAAAGUGAAGCCAUCUAACCAUGGUGGUUUUCAAUGGCAUGCUGAAAAUUAAAAUCUGCGAAGCGGUGAAUCUGAAACCCACAGCUUGGUCGCUAAGGCAUGCCGUGGGUCCCAGGCCACAGACCUUUCUUCUGGACCCCUACAUUGCCCUCAACGUGGACGAUUCCCGGAUUGGGCAAACCUCGACAAAGCAGAAAACCAACAGCCCUGCCUGGAAUGAUGAAUUUGUGACUGACGUUUGCAAUGGCAGGAAGAUUGAGAUGGCUGUUUUCCACGAUGCCCCCAUUGGGUACGAUGAUUUUGUGGCUAACUGUACUAUCCAGUUCGAGGACUUGCUGCAGAACGGGAGCCGCCACUUCGAGGACUGGAUUGAUUUGGAGCCAGAAGGAAGAGUGUACGUCAUCAUAGAUCUUUCAGGCUCAUCAGGUGAAGCACCUAAAGACAAUGAAGAGCGAGUGUUUAGGGAGCGGAUGCGCCCCCGGAAGCGCCAGGGGGCAGUGCGACGCAGGGUCCAUCAGGUUAACGGGCACAAGUUCAUGGCCACCUACCUUAGGCAACCAACCUACUGUUCUCACUGCCGAGACUUUAUAUGGGGAGUGAUAGGAAAGCAAGGGUACCAAUGUCAAGUUUGCACUUGCGUCGUCCACAAGAGGUGCCAUGAGCUUAUAAUAACAAAAUGCGCCGGCUUGAAGAAGCAGGAAGCUCAUGACGAGGUGGGCUCCCAGCGCUUCAGUGUCAACAUGCCACACAAGUUCAGCAUUCACAAUUACAAAGUGCCCACCUUCUGUGACCACUGUGGUUCAUUGCUCUGGGGACUCCUGAGACAAGGUUUACAAUGCAAAGUUUGCAAGAUGAAUGUACAUAGACGCUGUGAAACAAACGUGGCUCCCAACUGUGGAGUGGAUGCUAGAGGGAUAGCUAAAGUCCUUGCAGAUCUUGGUGUCACCCCAGAUAAGAUCACUAAUAGUGGACAAAGGAGGAAGAAGCUUGUUCCGGGUGCAGAAUCUCAGCCACCAGUUCCUGGAUCCUCACCAGGAGAAGAUGACCGGUCAAAGUCAGCACCAACCUCCCCCUGUGACCAAGAAAUUAAAGAGCUUGAAAAUAACAUCAGGAAAGCAUUAUCGUUUGACAAUCGAGGAGAGGAGCACAGGGGGGCAGCAACAACCUCACCUGACAACCAGCUGAACACACCAGGGGAGAAUGGUGAAAAUGGGGAGGUCAAGACACAGACAAAGCGCAUGGGCCUCGAAGAGUUUAACUUCAUUAAAGUGCUAGGAAAAGGCAGCUUUGGAAAGGUUAUGCUAGCUGAGCUAAAAGGUAAAGAUGAAGUAUAUGCUGUGAAAGUCUUAAAGAAAGAUGUCAUUCUACAAGAUGACGAUGUGGACUGUACAAUGACAGAAAAACGAAUUCUAGCGCUGGCUCGGAAGCAUCCCUACUUAACCCAGCUCUACUGCUGCUUCCAAACCAAGGACCGCCUUUUCUUCGUCAUGGAAUAUGUCAAUGGAGGAGACCUGAUGUUUCAGAUUCAACGCUCUCGCAAAUUUGAUGAGCCCCGCUCCCGCUUCUACGCUGCAGAGGUCACAUCGGCACUCAUGUUUCUCCAUCAACAUGGCGUCAUCUACAGGGACCUGAAACUGGACAACAUUCUUCUGGAUGCAGAAGGUCACUGCAAACUGGCUGACUUUGGGAUGUGUAAGGAAGGGAUCUUGAAUGGAGUAACAACUACUACCUUUUGUGGAACGCCAGACUACAUAGCUCCAGAGAUCCUCCAGGAAUUAGAGUAUGGUCCCUCUGUAGACUGGUGGGCACUAGGUGUUCUCAUGUAUGAAAUGAUGGCUGGGCAGCCCCCCUUUGAAGCUGACAACGAAGAUGACCUCUUUGAGUCCAUUCUCCAUGACGAUGUGCUGUAUCCAGUGUGGCUUAGCAAAGAAGCCGUCAGCAUUCUGAAAGCGUUUAUGACAAAAAAUCCAAAUAAGCGGCUCGGCUGUGUGGCAGCUCAGAAUGGCGAAGAUGCUAUUAAGCAGCACCCAUUCUUCAAGGAAAUCGACUGGGUUCUUCUAGAACAAAGGAAAAUCAAGCCACCCUUCAAACCUCGGAUUAAAACCAAAAGGGAUGUAAAUAACUUUGAUCAAGACUUUACACGAGAAGACCCAAUAUUAACACAAGUGGAUGAGACAAUUAUAAAGCAAAUCAAUCAAGAAGAAUUUAAAGGCUUCUCAUAUUUUGGAGAAGAGCUGCUGCCAUAAACCCCACCCCCAACCCCAGCCAAAACUGGGAUCACCAGAUCACUGAUACUGCAAGAUGUGCUUCUGAAAAGAUCCCCCAGCUACAACAUCAAGAGCUACUUCUCUGAUCAUGAGCCCAGAUCCCCUUACUUUAUACUAUCUAUUUAUUGAUAUUUUUCUUUCUUCUUUGAUCUGGAGGCACUCCUAAUCUCUCUCUCACUAAGCAAUGCAAAGUAUUUUGUAUCAGAAACUGUAAAGGUAACACAUUGCUGUUGUUUCUUGCUGCUGUAUUUUUUAUUGCCUUUUUUCACCUUCUCAAUUUGGGAUCUUUCUGUUAUCCCCCAGGAAGGCUGUGACUUGCUGAUUUUCAUUAUUAUUAUUAUUAUUAUUAUUAUUAAAUCUAGCACCUUCAGACUGACUCAGUCAUUUUUGAGGUAAAAAAGUCACUCGAAGCUUUUAUAAUCCAUUUUUCACACUGGAAAGUGUGGUCUAAGCCAGGGGUAGGCAGAAAGUAGGUCUAAAACAUCUACAGAUGAUGAUGACAAGGAUGAUGAGUGAUUUUAUUUCUACACUGCCCAGUAGCCAAAGCUCUCUGGGCUUUGUGGUUUGUGAGAACACCACGUCUGCCUUCUGCCCACAUCUGGCCUAGAGAAUGGUGCCCCCUGCAUGCUCAGAUUGUGAGAGGCAGUAAAUAACCAUCACAAGGGAAAGUUUGUGUAUUACCUGUACACUGACGGAGUGGAAGUCAGCUCAGGUGACUUGCUCACCUUGGGUGUAAUCCUAUAAACCAGCUGCAAGAUUUACUGCCCCAACACGAUCCCAGAAGACACUGAGUUGGAGCCAAACAUAGGGCAAUUGUAUGCAUGUUUCGACAGAAAAAGGCCUUACAAAUCCCAGCAUGCCCAAGCCAGCCAUGCUGGGAGUCAUGAAACUGUUUUCUGUCAAACCAUGCGUAGGAUUGUGCCUUUAGUCAUAAGACCUUAAGCCCUGUUGAUCUCAGGGGCCUACUCUAAGUAAGACUAAAGCUGGAUCCAAGCCGGUAGGUUCUCUCAGCACAGGAGAUGCAGAUCUAAAAUGGGUGAAAGCGUUGCCCUUGAUUUCAGCAGAGGCAAAGCACAGGCACUGCAGGCACAACUCCCCACUGCAGAUCUGGGGGUCCCAGUGAGCCAUACUCCUUUAACAGGGGCACCCCGAAUUUCUUUUGCAUGAGAAGCAUGUGCCGGAGGCUGUAGUUUUGACCUGAGGCGUGGGCAGGGGGCGCACCGCCUUCCCCCCACGCCAUUCCACCUGCCAGGGUUGUACCCCUGCUUCCCCUCGCCCCCAAGGAUUCCAGAUGGCUGUUUGCCAGAGCAAACAUCCGUCGGGCACCCUUUGUGGGGGAGAAGUGUUUGAGAGCCAUUCUGAGUAGGGGGAAAAGGUUACAUGCCCCUCCACUCUUUUCAGACCUCCUGCCUCCCAGGGCUGCUUUUCGUUUAUUUAAAAGUGAACAAAAAAAAAAAAAAAAAAAAAAAAAACAUUUGGGCUUCAUUACUUGUAAUUGCAUGUAGUUUGUAGUUUUUUCCAUUGCUUUGUUGAAAUAAUUGGGGCAUAUUUCUGAACAAAUAAGUUUAGAGUAUCAGCAGAGUUGUGCAGCUAUUAAAAGGCUAUGAAAACACUUCUAUCCCUAUUCUAAGGACACAGAUGCGCACUUGAGGCCAAGCUAAAUGGGAUGUUAGCCACGUGCUAAUGAGGAGGGGUGUGAAAGCCUGCGUUGCAGGCAUGGGGGCCCUGAUCCAGACACAGUCGCUGGCAUCAGGAUAGCAGGAGCAACUUCUUGACUGUUGCUUUGGUCCAGAGGCCCAACGCCUGCAUUUUGCUCGAGAAAAAAGCUUCCACCAGAGCAAAUGGAAGUUUUCCCACUGCCAGCCCCAGUGCAAAGUGUUGGUGAAAGGGGUCCAGCCUGAACUGGGAUUGCAAGCUUUCCUGAUGCCUGCAAUUUUUGUUUAGAGGAUGCUGCCUGCAAGAGCCAACCAUCUGAGCCGCUUCUCAUUUGGCCCUUAGAAGCAAGUCUUACUGAAAUUUCUGAAUCUUCUUCCAGAUAAAUAUGUGGUUUCCAGUGAGCACCAAAACAAACUUCAGGCACCCAAGUGAAAAAUUCAGCUCUGAAACGACAUACUAUUUAUACCACCUGCUGUAGAAUAAAGCACUGGAAUGUAUUUAUGUCGGUAUCCCUCCCAGUCAGUACACCUAAUGUGGGCGCCGUGAGACAGCUGCUUGAAUUGCUUCCACAAAUUACCUGUCCUUUGUUUUGAGGAAGAGUUGAACAAAUUCACCCAUUCUUCCAUAACAAAUUGGGACUGCAAUCAAAGAAAGCUAUUUAAAGCAGCCCCCAUUUGGCGGCUGAGUCUUGUGUAUCAAUUGAACUCGAAAUGUUUAAAAUUGGCGCAUUCACUGGGAUAUGUUGAUAGGCUGAAGGAGGGUGUUUAUCUUGUUCAGACCUGAAAAAGAGAGAGAGAUUGGCAUGGUUCAUACACAAAACCAAGCCAUGGUGUAGUUUGUUGAAGUCUGGCUUGACGCUGUGACUGAACCAUCCUGACAAAGAAAUCAUGGUCAUUAUAAUCCAUCUAUAAUCCACAAAUAGAUCCAGUGAUUGGUUAUUGGCUUGUGACAUUUAACUUUUUAAAACCAUGGCUUUUUGAGAUGGCUGAAUCCACAUCCAUGGCUUAACCCUGGCUUGUUUGGGCUGCUAUCUAACAGAGUUGCCCAGCAAAACAGAUAGAAAAUAAAAAUCCUCUCAAGGCUGGCAAUAUGCUGGGGUGGUGGUAGAGAGAAACAAACCAGAAGUAGGGAAAACAAUUUGAUUUGUUUGCUUGUCUGCAAGACAAUUCAAGGCUAAAGCUAAAAUGCAUUGUUAACUUAAACCAUGGCUUAGCAUUAGAUAGUCACAAGGCAUGGGUAUAGUAUUUUUCUGACUGGCAAAGGCAGCCAUGUUUAUGCUCCAAAGAGAAGAAACAGCAUAAAAGCCAUGAAGAAGCUCUCUUUCUUGAACAAAUUCAUCAUUCUGAUGCAGAACCAAGCGUGUUCUGUAAAAGGCACACCCAGAGCUUCUGCUUUUUCUGAUUUAAGAGGAAAAGGCAGAUUUGCACAAUCGGGAGUCACAUGCCUAUAGGGAAUUUGUUGGUCUGCCAGUCUAGGAACUGGCACAAAAAAUAGCCACUGUUCCUACUAGCCACAGAUACAUUCAUGUCCAAAAUGUGAUGCAUGGGCUUUCUGGGAGACAUUAAAUCCCAGAAACAUUUGGGGUGAGGAUUCCAUCAGGCUUGAUUUCAAAUCCGUGCUUUUAAACAAUGUUAACUAGUAAGGCUGAGGCAAGGAUUAUUUCCUAAAUAGAGGACAGUGCAGGCUUCCCCCCACCCCCUAAAAAUUAUGUGGCAUUGCACUAUCUAGCUGGAUAAAGCCAUCAUUUCACAUGCUAAAGGCAGCUCUGGGCCCCUUGGUCAGUGCUGUCCAAGAACUACUAGCUUGGGCUCAGUGGAAAGGAAAAGAAGAGAGAAGGGAGAUUGCUUCCUUUGGGAAACAAUCAGAUGGGAAUAGAGAAGCUGAGAGUGCAAUAGGGAUGGAAGUGCUAUCAUUCAGUGUGCCAAAGAAACUUGGGUCCCAUUUAUUUCAGUAGGUCUGCGCAACGUCUAUCUAAAAGCAGCCUCUUCUGUGCACAGAUUCCGAUUCCCAUUGACUAUGGUAGGGCUUAUUUCUGAGUAAAUAGGUGUAAGAUUGCUCCAAAAAUGCACUUGUGGAAGUGGAUGGGAAUUUGUUUCUGGAGUACAUGAACUUCUUCCAGAAACCAGUUACAUCCAGUUUCGUAACCCAAGAAUGCAGAUUACUGAGCGAGAGAAGCAUCUCUUACCAAAUCUCACCAGCAAGCCACACUGUGACACUUAAACAGAUGCAGCAAAAAUAUUUACCAAAAAUACAUAUAUAAAAAUAUAAAUACCAAAAACGCACUUCUUUACAAGACUAUGGGCUUAACAAGUAUUAGAAACAGUCUGUCUGAAGGAGUUACAGCCAAUUAAAAUAGAUAAAGUUGUCUUGGAAAUUAUUUCAGGGAAAAUGCUUUUUUUCUAAGAAAACAUAACCAUGAUUUUUUAGAACUUUAUUUUUAGAACUCGUUUAAAGAAUUAGAAGAAAAACAAAACAAAAACAGAUGCUUUAAAGACAGGUGUUAAAGGGCUAAAGAGUGGACAGAUUCUCCAAAAGCCUAUAAUGGCUUUAAUAAAGCCAUGUAGGUUUUCUACAAAUUUUACAGUUUCUUCAGCAUGUACAUGAUCAUCCUUCCCUAGCAAAACUAUAGAAAAAUUAGUGUGUGGAUCCUUUUCUACUCUUCUAUGAUUCUAUGAUUCCUGGCAUUGACACAAUGGCAGGCAUGAAUGAGGGGGGUAAAGACAAAAAAGUCAAGUUUUUAUUCUGUGGUAUCAGAUCUGAAGACUUGCCCACUUGAAUGACUUGGGUUCUUGAUUGUUUAUUUUUAAUAUUUUUUUAAUAGCAGUGUGUUACUUUUACAGGCUUUUACAAAAACACAACACAAAUACAUUGGGCAUGAUCCUUCUGUGUGCAUAGCCUCUCCCACUAUUCUCCCUUGCUGACCUUUGGCCAGGAGUGAUGCACUGCAGGGGAUACAUGAGGCCCAAACACGACACCCAUGUGUGGAUCCGGCCCCCGCCCCCUCCUCAAAUCUUCUUCAUGAUUACCUGAGAACACGAGGAUUCCUCGGAUCUAAGAACGGGAGAUGCAUACGGACCUUGCAUACUGGACAGUGGCUGAGGACCGAACUCAAAACAAUGCUCAAUGUGUUUUUAUAUUUAACAUGCAUUUUGGAAGGAAAACAAAGAUGUUGUGGAUGUGUGAUUGUCACCAGGUGAGCAUCAGAGGAAGAAAGCAUAGACCCCAGCCCCUGUCUGCUGUGAUCCCAGGAACGAUUGAUCCCUCCAGCAGCUGCUAUUUCCUCUUCAGCUCUGCCUGCGUCAAACACAAGGACCCAUUUCAUGCCAUCGCUCCUGGCCAAGGCUCAGAGGGGAAGAGGGAUGCACACAGUGGCAGCGUGUUUGCGCAUCGCAUGAUACUGUACUACUUUGCCAUGGGUCCAGCUGGGUCAUGCCCAAUAAAUACUACUGUUCUUUUGUUUUUAAUGUUUUGGGAAAAAAAUCUGGUAUGAAUAUUGCUCUAUAGGAAGAAUACAAAGCCAAGCAAACCCAUUCAUCCUGUGAAAAUGCAUUAAGAGACUGAAGAUCAAGAUUCACAAACUGACAUUGCUGAGAGUUGUACAUGGAUUUUCUUGUGUAGUCAUUAAAGAUAUGGUAACUCAUGUGGAAAAUACAUUAACAAAUGUGAAGUUACCACCUGUAGAUAUGCUGACAGUGUUAUGUUCUUAUAUUUCUGGGAGUACCUGUGUUUGUGUGUGUGUUUGCGUGUGUGUGCGUAUGUUCCUGUAUUGUUGAGGUCUAUAUAUACACAUACAUGCAUAUAUAUAUAUAUAUAUAUACACACACACACACACACAUAUAUAUAUAUAUAUAUAUAUGGACUGAAUGAGCAGUUAAGGGAAUCCAUUUUACUUGUUGCACUUGGAUUUUCCAAUUUUAUAUAUAUAUAAAUGUGUGUGUGUGUGUGAUUGGCAGAGUGGCACUCUAAAAGCUUAUUUCUUUAUUAUUUUACUUAGGGUUUGUUUUCUGUUUCUGAGGGGUUUUUUCCCUUUUGUACAGGUGAGGAUUUUGUAUAUAGGUGUUUACUGCAAGGCCUGUGGAAUUCAAUGAAUAUAGAGGUAUCAACUGCUGCAUGUUCAGACAUAUUAUUAAAAAAGUUAGCCUAUGAAAGAUUAACUAUGAUAAUGUCCAUGUGCAAUACUCUGUUUGUGUACUGGUUCUACUUAUGCUGUCAAAAAUGAGGGUUUUUUUCCCUAUUUGUUUGUUUUUCUGUUACAAAAAAGAAGAAAAAAGACAUAGACCUAUAUUCAGCUGUACAAAAUUGCCUGUAUAGUUCUCUUAAACUCUCUGUGGGAUGAUAGAGAUGGAGAGCAGGGACUGAGUAAAGGAAGAAGGACCUCUGUUGGCAGGAGGAGUCGGUCAGGCCCUGUCCUCCGUCUGUCUCUGCGGCACGGAAACCGCUGCAGGCAGGUUUCGUCCCCCGCUUCUCACACGCAUGUAUUGUGAGGCACCCAGGUCUGUAUGGGAGGAGUUUCAUGCCAGUGAUAGGGUGGCCUUGUAUCCCAUUUUACAGGGACAGUCCUCUAUUUGAAGGGCUGCCAGAGGACCGUCCUCUAUUUGAAAUACCUCUGUUUGAAGGGCUGUCCAGUCCAGUUCUGGUUUAAAGAGAGGGACCCCUCCGAACUGUUGCCCAUCGCCACUGCAAACUACACGGCAGGCGCACCGGUCACCUAGUCACAGUCUUCCCCAGGAUGAUGAGAUGUACUGUACUCCUCCUUAAAUUAUACGAAUCCUUUCAAAAUGUGCAUCUGUACAUGCAAAUUAGCAUAUGAAAAUUUAUGCAAACCACUGCACUCUUGUCUAUGUUAGUGGAGUGUUCCCUCCUUUUUGGUGAAGCAUAGGUGGCCACCCUAACCAGACUGCAUCAGCACCCUGCACCCAGCACCCGCCAGGGCCCAGUUCCUGGCAUGACCAGCCACUGCUGAUGCCUGCUCCGUGUCCCCCAUCCAAACAUGGCUUUGGCUUCCUACUUUGAGCAGCCGUGGGCAGCUGCCCUGUCAAUCUCUCACAGCGCCCCUGCCCUGUUGUCUCUCAGGAGCACUCUGGGAGACUGGAACAUGCGGUUGGACGCGUACUGCCCGGAACACUGCGGCUGCCUCCACCGGGCCAGCCAGAGCGGUUCCAGAGGAGGUGGCCCACCAAAGGUCACGUUGCCCAGGGCUCCUCCAACCGCGACCAGUCCUGCCAGUGGCGAUCACAUCCCCCACUAUCCAGAAGGCACAACCAGCCUGGGGAGAGAGCCAGGACGAGCUCCUCUUAGGCUGCCUGCGGCUCCCUGUGUUACUGAAGGGGCGUGGGGCGAAGCUGCAGCACACGGAAGCCUCCUAGGAAGCCAGCCCAGGCUGCCUUCUCAACAGGCGGGAUGAGGCUAGCAUCAGGUUUGCAUUCACUUUGAGCGAUGACGACAUUCAAUUUCAUUACAACGGGGUGUGUGUGUUUCUUUUAAACUCAGGUGUAAUGAUUAUAUAUACAUAUACAUACAUACAUGCAUAUAUAGAUAUAGAGAUAUAUCUAUAUGUAUGUGUAUAUAUAGAUAGAUAGAUGUAUUCAUAUGAUGAUUAUAAAAUAUUAAAUAUUAUGCUAUAUCAAGUCAUGUGUUGUCUGGCUUACCAAUGUAAUAAUGGAUCAAAACCUUUUAGAAUAAUUUAAUUUAUCUUGUUAAAAAUGGAAGGGCUGGGAGUGGGGGGGGAUAAAAGGUCGCCCCAGCUUCUAGAGUGGAAGCACAGAAACGUCACAAAGGUUUCAUCAUCUCAUUAUUUUAUGUCUAUUAAAUAAUAAAAUAGAGGGGAGGGGAAAAUAAUGUAAAGCUGCCCGCUAGUUUUCUAUAUGAUAGCUAAUACAAGCUCCGUGUAUUUCUGAUGCAUGUUAGCUUUGGACAUCCAGUGCAAGAACUGACAAUGCUAAGUGGUCUUUUCCGUAGGUUAAUGGCAGUUUUGGAGGUAUCAAGUGGUCUUCUGAAGCUGCUCAGACAUUAGCUAGAACUAUUGUACAGUGCACUAAUGUUUGUAUGGAAUGAGAUGCCUUGAUACAAAAUUAGGAUUGGCCUUUUUAUACAAAGGAAAGUAUUGCAUUCCACAAAGCAUGUGUAUGCAAACUUGUGGACUGUGUGACUCCUUCAUUCCUGGCAUGAAAAUCUCCGACAAACAUUCAUUCUAAAACUGCCCCAAAAGCCACAUUUUUGUCUUUUGGGAUGCUGAGUAAAAAAGCCCAAACCUUAGCAUGGGCAGAUCUGUGGCAUCUGCAAUCUGGAAGGCCUUUGUUUCAAUCCAGCCAGAGGGGUUCUUUGGUGGGUGUUUCCAAUACAAAGAUGCAUGCAGGAUACACACCUGCAUCUGAGGUAACACAUCCGCUCACCUGAGCCCUGCUGAGCUGUCUGGAUGCUGGAAACUGCAAGGCCACCAGAUGGUACUUGUGACCACAUCUGGAUGGGAGAUCAGUGGGAUUUAAGCAGACAGUCCUCAGCACAAGUGAAUUCCAUUCAAGUAAUUUUCUGCUCAACAGGCUUUGUCUUUAACUUUGAAUUCAUUUAAAAAGAAAAAUGCUAUUAGAUUUCUUCUUCUUUCAUGAAGUGUUUCCAUCUGUUGGGAGGAAAGGCAGCAUUCAAGAUAUGCAAAAUUGCCAAACAACAAUUUGAAGUAAUCAGAUAAUUUUCACUUUCUCUAUGCUUUAGAAACACUAUUUAGUAAGAAUGUGUUUUUCCCCCCAUACAGUGAAAAUAAUGCCAUCUCUCCAAAAAGGCUUAUAUGAGAGAAAGACAGACUUCUUUUGAAAUUAUGUGCAAAAUAGUUCUGGGGGGAAAAUACAAAAAGUACUCAGUUUUACAGGAGUGGGGAGGUGUCUUUUUUAAUUGUAAGGCUUUCUUUGUACAGAUUUUUUCUUACAGUUGUAAUUUGAAUCUCUUGCCAUUCAUUAGGGUAAUUUCAUUGUAGCCAUUAUUACUGUGCCAAAUGUACUGUAUUCUAAAGGAUGUGAAUGUGUAUUGUUUCAGAACCUAAUAAAUACAAGGAUGUUAAAAACUUA